AUGGCUGCCAUGUUCAAGCAGCCAUGGCCGCCGUUUCUUCUUCUUCCCCAAUUAACCCUAAUUGUGCUCAUUCUCCUUUUCCCUUAUCAUUCCUUUUCUCAAGCUGAUUCUCCUCAAAACAUCGAAACUUUUUUCCCAGAUGAAUCCCUCUCCGCUCCGGCUCCGGCUCCGACUCCGACUCCAUCGCCGGUUCCUCUGCCGCAGAAAAAUCCACCACCACCGCCUUCUUCGUCGGACAGACAAAAGAUCACGAGGGCUAUUCUCAUAACAGCCGCAAGCACCUUACUUGCAGCAGCCGUAUUCUUCUUCUUCGUCCAAUUGUGCGUCGUCUCGCGGCGGCGGCGACGGAGAGAUAGAGUCGACGUCGGUAACACCGGUCCAACGCCUCCUCCGCUGGCGGAAUCCGCGUUGGCUCGCGAGGGGUUUACCCGAUUCGGCGGAAACGUGAAAGGUCUGAUCUUGGACGAGAACGGCCUCGAUGUCUUGUAUUGGAGAAAGCUGCAGAGUCAGAGAGACAACAAAAGCGGAAGUUUCAGGAAAGAGAUCGUCCACGUAGACGACAGAGAGAAGAAUGUGACUUCUUAUUCCAAGAGCAAGAAGAAAUCGGGACCUGUGACGGAGAGACCUCUUCUCAGAGGAAGAUCAUCGACUUCUCACAGUGUAAUUCACAACGAUAGUUACCGGAAUGCUCCUCCUCCUCCUCAUGUCAAGUCCGAUUCCUUCGAAUUCGCCCAAUUAGAUCCGUCUCCGUCUUUGUCUCCGCCGCCGCCACCUCCGAUUCCGGUUAAGCAGAUUGCACCAGCACCGACGCCUCCUCCUCCACCUCCACCUAAGCCUGUUUCUGCUAAGAGUGGUCCUUCUCCGCCGCCACCUCCGCCGUUGAAGAAAUCGGCGGCUCUUUCGUCGUCGGUUGCAAGACCGCCGCCUGCUCCUAGAGGACCAUCGUCAGGGGAAGCUUCAACCGGUGGAAAUGUUCCGGUGAAGCUCAAGCCUCUUCAUUGGGAUAAAGUCAACCCUGAUUCCGAUCAUUCCAUGGUUUGGGACAAAAUCGACCGUGGCUCAUUCAGUUUCGAUGGCGAUCUAAUGGAGGCUCUCUUCGGUUACGUAGCCGUCGGGAAGAAAUCUCCAGACGGCGAUAACAAUAAAGCCAGCGCUCCGACGCAGAUCUUCAUCCUCGACCCGAGAAAAUCGCAGAACACAGCGAUCGUGCUCAAAUCCCUAGGAAUGACGCGAGAGGAGCUCGCGAAAUCGCUGACGGAAUCGCUAACGGAAGGCAACGAUUUCCACCCAGACACACUCGAGAGGCUCGCGAGAAUAGCUCCGACGAAAGAAGAACAAACAGCGAUCCUCCAAUUCGACGGAGGCGACACAGCGAAACUCGCCGACGCCGAAUCGUUCCUGUUCCAUCUCCUCAAGGCCGUGCCUAGCGCCUUCACACGCCUCGACGCGCUGCUCUUCAGAGCUAACUACUACCCGGAGAUGGCUCACCACAAGAGAUCUCUCCAGACGCUAAACUCAGCCUGCAACGAGCUCCGAUCACGAGGAUUGUUCGUCAAGCUCCUCGAAGCGAUACUGAAAUCCGGGAACAGAAUGAAUGCGGGAACAGCUAGAGGAGACGCUCAGGCUUUUAACCUCACCGCGUUGCUGAAACUCUCCGACGUGAAGAGCGUCGACGGGAGGACGACUCUGCUCAACUUCGUGGUGGAGGAAGUGGUUAGAUCGGAAGGGAAGCGAUGCGUUGUUAACAGAAGAAGCUUAAGCCGAAGCAGUAGCAGUAGAAGUAGUAAUUCGAUCUCAGAGGAGGUUAUAUCGAAGGAGGAGCAAGAGAAAGAGUAUAUGAGACUCGGUUUAACCGUCGUCGGAGGGCUAAGCACCGAGUUCUCAAACGUCAAGAAAGCUGCGGCGAUAGACUACGAGGCGGUUUCGGCGACGUGUUUGGCUCUCGCGUCGAGAGGGAAAGACGCGAGACGAGUGUUGGAGCAAUGCGGUGAAGGAGGAGAGAACAGAGGAGGAGAGAGGUUUGUGAAGAAGAUGGUGGAGUUUCUUGAUUCGGUUGAGGAGGAAGUGAAGUUAGCGAGAGAGGAAGAGAAGAAAGUGAUGGAGCUUGUGAAGAGGACGACGGAGUAUUACCAAGCGGGAGCUACUGGUGUGAAAGGGAAGAAUCAGCUUCAUUUGUUUGUCAUCGUUAGAGAUUUUCUUGGAAUGGUUGAUAAAGUUUGCUUAGAGAUUACGAGGAAUAUGCAGAGGAGGACGAUGGUGGUGAGUCCGCAGCAGAGGAAUGCGGUUAAGUUUCCGGUUUUGCCUCCGAAUUUCAUGUCGGAUAGAUCGAAGAGUGAUUCUGGUGGAUCAGUAUGA